CCCCCAAGUGCCUGGUGAUAAUAUGCUUAUGUUAUUGGACCUGAUAAACUAUCUGAGCUAUUCAGAAGUCAACAACUGUUCCCUGAUGUUAGGAGAGAGACGGAGAUAAUUCAGUAUCAGUCUUCUAUCUCACUCUGAGAGAAACUUGUCUACUCAAACAUAACAACUGUUGCCAGUGCCAUGAGUUUCAUUCAUAAACAUAAUUAUUGUGUUUGUUUUACUUAAGUGUAAAAACUUCAGUUUGUGUACCUGUUACCACAUCAAAGUGUUUGUGACAAGUGAUAGUGUGGAUAUUUCACUAUUUAUUUUCCAAAAUGGUGGAAGGGAGCAAAAAUAUGGUGUUUUAUCAACCCUAUAAGUACAGCUCUAUGACAAGUCUGCAAGGUUCAGGCAAAAUGCACGGGGCUCGCCGUGUGAUUGCUUUCUGCUUUAUGACAGCAGUACUCCCUACAAUCUUGCUGAUUAUUCCUCUCUACCUCCGGCACAGUGUGUAUGUCGAUGUUAUAUAUGCAGUUGCGGAAUCAGAUGUUGUGGAAAUGGGUAAUGGGAUAUCAACUAUCUUUUGUCAGGAGCAUUCCCUGAGGAUGAAUUCAACAUUCAGUGCCUUUCAAAUGUCAGGAGUGCCCGAAAUAUCAACAACUAAUCGAAAACAUCUUCAAUUAAAAAAAAGUAUGACAUUACCAGACGACACAUUGGAGUAUUGGGGUUUCUACCUUCCUAGUGGAUCAACUGUCAACCUCUCUGUUUGUGCAAGGUACGAUGGGGCCCACAUCCUGGUAGUGAGUGGUGACAAGAUCCUGCACACUUGUGGUCCAAUCAAACCUGGGGCUCAGACUCCUCAUAUGGCCCAGGGAAGGGGACAGGUUGUGGUGACCUAUGAAGGAGCUGCUCAAGAGAUUAUACACUCCGACUCCUCGGCUUACAAGACAGAGUACAGACCAUUCAAAGGACAAAAAAACGAAGAGAGUGAAAACCACGGGGGAGAAGUGGAAGACGAGUUUGAGACAGGACGUCUAGGUACAACAGGUGAGCCUAUUGCGAAAAUUAGGAAACAGAGACAUCAAAAGGCUAGGAGAAAACACAAUGAACUUGAUGCUGACGUGUAUGAGGAUGACACAAAAAUCCGAAAAAGGUCCUUGGAAAAUCUAUUAAAUUAUAAUGAUCGAGAGAGUUAUUUGAGGAGGAAAAGAAGAGCGGAGGCCGUACCUAAGAUUAAGCUGGAUGGAGGUAUUGCCCAUGGAGGUGAUGCCAUCAACUUCACUAAGAAAGAAAACGACUCGUCAAUCUCGAGUUUUGAACAGAACCUGCUCACUUGCCAUGACGGAAGGAUUCUGUUGCAUAAAGAGUUCUCACCGUCAGAACUCUGCACAAGCUUCAACUACUUGGAAAACAACCAUUCCCAUCUACAAACCACCCAUCAAGUCGUCAAGAACGGGUACUACUAUUACAUAUUUUACAGUGAUAAUGAUUUCAGAGACAACUCUAUACAUGCCAUAUUCGAUAUUUACAAACCUACUUAUCAAUAUGUCAACUAUUCUAAGGGAUGUAUUAACGUCACUGAGUGCAGAUUUCCAAUCGGUAUGUUCUCUGAUGAUAUGGUCGUGGUGGAAGUCCCGACAAGAGACGGAAUAGAACAUGAAUCUGAUGAUAUAACUCACCUUAUUUCAACAUGCCAUCCAAGAACAGCUGUUUACGCUAUUUUUCCUGUAACUGUUCUUUUCCUUAUCUUAGGCUGUGCUUUCUUAUAGGCCAUAAAAAGACUGAAUAUUACAUUUGAGUUGGCUAAUAGAUCUUGUAAAACUGUAAGGUAAACAGGGAAUACUUUUCAAAUUCCACGUGUUUAGGGUAAAGCCGAUUCAAGGCAAUGCCUAGAAUCUUUUAUGGGUAGUGAUGCUAAAAUUAGAAUAUUGGCUUGUGCAUGAAAACUGUCAUAAAUUAAUGAUCAAUAGAUUCUAUUAUAUGUCUAACUUUGUAACUGAACAUUCUUGAAAUUAAGACACAAACACGCCUUGACAUUAUUUAUUAUUACGUAAAAUAGACAAUUGAGAAUUUUAUUUAACACGAGUGACGAUAAUUGGGGUGUUUGUGCAACUAUUCUUUCAAUAAUGUGCAUUUUACCUAACAUACAGAAUGUUUUUCAUUAUUUUUCUCCAGAAAAUUUCUAUUAUUUGCAUAUAAUUUGAUUACUUUGUUGCUUCGAGACUCAACCAAGGCCCCACUAGAAAAACAGGCCAUGCUUAUGCUGCAGCGCAACACAAUGUCACAGUGGUGGAUAGUUAUACUAAAGUUGCUACGGAUUCUGCAAAAUGGCCUGUUUUUCUAGUGGGGGCUUGACUCAACCUACUUAUCACAUCUUAAAGUUACAAUAUCAAAUGUAGUUUGAAUUAAUUUGUAUAAGGAAAGCAUUGUUGACAGUUCAUUGGAGAUGUGACUUGGAAAGAGUAUGGUAAGCAGAUAAGACUAUUUUCCCAUCAUCCAUUUUUUAGUGAUGGUGUGGUCUUCAAUGGAUAUCAGCACAGAAAACAUACUACUAUAACCCAGAAUGCCAACCGCAUGGUAAAAAGCAU